GGACUUUAAUGAAUCUCUAAGUUUUAGUUUCCCUUUGUCAGCAGACACAAUAAUGCCUGAUCUGUAAUAUCACAAAAAAAAUUAAUUAUGUUACGUUUCAUUCUACCUAAACGAAACAAAGAGUGACAGAUACAUGCCAUGUGCUCGCUUUUACUGAAUUUACUCUAAUAAAGCUUAUCUUGCAGGUGACGAAUGCUGGUUGUGAACAGACAGAACAGCUGGUAAGAGAAACUGUACGGAUGAGAGAGUCUGUUCAGAGCUUAGAUAACAAGCAGCAAACAUAAACACUGAUAGGAGAUAUCCUAUUGUGGAUUCGUAACAUACAGAACUGCACACACGGUCACGACUACUCAGAAGAAUUGUUCCAAAUUGUAUAUAAGGAAGUGGUUUCCUUCCAUUCAGUAAACUCCAAGUGUUUCAAAUGAAGAGAUGGCUUUUUGAAAACUUUCAUUUAAAACAAAUUAUUUCACCAGUCUGACAUGUUCACCUCAGACCAUGACUGCUUAAAGCCUAAGGAAGCUACCCUGGUGGAUGUGAUCCUUCUGCUGAUGAUCACAACACUGGAGAUGAGUAGAUUCCAAUUUGGAGACAUAAUUUCUUAUAAAACGAGGUGUAAAGUUGGAAUUCGAUACAAACACUUCGCCGUCUACGUUGGAGAUGUAAAUAUUUGUGGGAAAAACGCCGGGGAGGAAAUCUAUGAACAAGCAAAGAAAUAUCAUGGUAAAUCGUGCAGAUUUUCUAAACUACUUAUGCACGAGGAGCCAGAAGUGAACAAUUACCUGGAUGACUAUACAGACCCCCUAACAGGAGAGACUUACGGUAAAGGAGAUGAUAAGGAAAUAAUUAAACGCAUCAUUGAGACGUAUCAGAACUGCAGGAUUUAUGGCAUCCUUCAUAACAACUGUGAGCACAUUGCCACCUACGUCCGCUAUGGAGUGAGGGUAGCAGUGCAGUUCAACAUGACUGGUGAGGGUCUCAUGUUAGGCAGCGAUAAAUUUGACAAGAAGCAUUUACGGGAGUACCUGAGGAACAAAUCCAAAUGCCCCUCGCAUCACAACUGAGAGGAUUCUUCUGAUUACGCUCCAUUUUUACAGACUUUCAAAGAUGUCGACCCGGACACUUCGCACUGGAAGAAAACUCUUAAAAAGCAACAGCAUUGAAGAAAACCAAGUCUUCAUUUGGUCACAAGUUUCAGACUCAUAAAUGAAAAGGACAGUAAUAGUUAUUACUUUAAUGAUUACCUUCAAGCUUUGGGACAAGUUAUACACCAACAUUUAAAAUAAAACAAUAUUUAAAGUUUUACUUAUUAAGAGAUCCAAGGGGAAAAAAAGGUGUUUCUGUGAUUUUUACAAAAGGAUUGGAGGGAUGGAAAAUGGUUGAAGUUAAAAUAAAGAGCUACAAUAGCACUACUGUCAAUAAAGCAUAAUAGCAGCCAUUCAAAGUUGUUAGCGCUGCGGGCUGUAUAAAAGGACUAAACUAUUCCUAACAAGCCUCAGACCAGUUGUUUUAUUUUAUCAGUACACAACUUUGCAUUAGAAGUAAUAAACAGUCACUAACUGUGUUUAGGCAACAUGACUAUGUUGCUGUUUUAAAGGAAAAACGGUUUCUUGGCCUGUAAAUCGAUUAAGAGCUAAAAGGUAAGAAAGAAGCUAAGAAAUGUGUUGAAAUGAUGUUGAUUUUGAGUAUUUUCCUUCUGAAUAACUGGGAUGGAAUAAGCUACAUAAUGUAACAUGUCUGUUCAGGAGCUCCUUUCAUAGUGCAGGGUUCUUCAUCAUCGCUGUCGUCAUCUGUCCGGCUUUGUUCAGAGCAACUACUCCACCGGUCGGAUUCCUUUGGCCUCCUCCGCCUUCCUCAGGGUCUCAUCCCACUGGGUGAACUGCUUGGACAGCAGGAACAUCUAACAAAGAGAAAUCAAUCUACCUUAACAUGAAUCCAUUUUAAAAAAAGGGAAACAGCUUUUCCAAUCUAGGUUAUUUUUAUAUGAAUUUGCUCUAAUUCUGGCUUUUCCACCCUUCCAAUGGUGCACUAUGAAAUGAAUUUGAAAAAUUUUAUUUUUUUUGUCUUUUUUUUUCUUUUACUGAAAGGUUCGGUACCAUUUUGUUGUAUUCCUCAAAAAGCUUCUUAACUUCCAGCGACUGAGCUUCAGUUUGGUCCUGAAAAGAAAAGAACACAUUUGUUAACUACGCCAAGAACAACGCAGAUAGUACGAUCCAGAGCAGAACCUGCCUGUUGCUUGAUGUGGAUCUGUGAAAGACGCUGCAGCUUUGUCGCAUGUUCAGGUACAUCUGUAGACGCGGGGGGAAAAAAAGACAGCUGACAGAGGCUUUGGAGAGAACAUUAGCACUUCUAAUCAGAA